CCAUUCUCCCGCAAAGAUCGCCUUUUUUGAAAAUUCCAUCGCGGCUUGUGCAAGCGACACCCGCUCGCCCGACCUCACAUACCGGAGAUGCAGAUUGGAGCUGCUCUCCGAAUGGGAGCAGCAAAUCCAGUCCCGAUUGAAGGCCAGGAUCCCCGAGCUCCUCCGGAUGUCCUUGGCGUCUUCUAUCACGCCUUUUCCGCCUUCAAGCCGCAGCCGGAAACCCAACACUGAUCGUCCUCGUGAGGCCAUCGAUGCAUGGCGGUAACGCAGCGUUGCAUCUGGUGGGGCCAGCCUCUCUUCAUGUUGGCCUAGAUGCUCCCCCAACGUCACAUCGAACUGCACAGCGAAUUCGUCCACCCGCUCCGCAUCCGCUUGCAGAAUACCGCCGUGGAGAAAGGCCACACGAUCGCAGAGGGCUUCGCCCAUCGGGACUACCACCGGGAGGCUCUUCAUCUUCUCUCCGCGGUAGGUGAACAAUUUAAUCUCCAUGGCAUCUGUCACCGCCACGAGCACCCCGUCUUCCAUGCCCGACCAAAUCCACCGUGCCCCGCCCAGGGGUACGGCCCUAUACUCCAACUGUCCCGACAUACCCUCGCUGAAACAGUUGGCCUUUCUCACCCAGCUUCUUGCCAGUGACAGGAGAUGUCGGGCUGCGUGGGGUCCCGACAUCUCCCGCCAGUUCGUCGGGGAAGACGGGACGGGAUGGCCAUUAACCCGUGUCUCCUGUCGAACGCGGCUGACCAGGGUGUGGUCCACUAUAUCUUUGAAGGCCCGGAACACCUGCCUGAGCGACAAGAGGUCGCUCACUCCCAGGGGUUGCAUCACACGCUCCCACAGUUCUGCGGGCAUGUAUGCUCUCGAAGAGGAUGCCCAUAAGCAGGUCGCCAUCGAUACCAUUGUGCGCGUG